AUGGCUCUUACCGACGGAAUCAGUUGAGCGGAAACAGGCCUCGAUUUUAUUGUGAAUUUUUAAAGCUGAUGCUGCAGCUUCCUGUUUUAUUUAACAAUUCACCAGUUUAAUAUCAAAUUUUUCUCUCUCCGAGCGCCAUGAUGUCGUCGAUAGCGCUUUGAGCAUGCGACUGGAUUUCAUCACAAUUCUUGUUCUUUUUAGCUUUUUCGUCUCAACAAAUGCAGGAAACAAACGGCAGCAAAAAAUUAGGAAAAAUGGCCUCAAGUCCUCUAGAAGGCCAAUGAUUAUCAAAUGCUGCGGUAAAUCUUCAUGUCAGCCAAAAAUAUCAAAAACUCGGUUCACCGUCCCUGAUAAAAAUGUAUCUCUCAAAUAUGUGAAUUCAAAAAAGAGCACACCGAUCGAGACAAAGAAAGGAACCACAACUACUGAGAACCACCCGAGUGAUGAGAUUUCUACCUCUUUUGCAGCCUCAAAUGAAGAAACUAGCACAGAAUUUAUUGCAAUCGAAAAAACCACGGCAGAAAAUUUUGAACUUGCAUCAACCGCUGACACGACAGAUGGUGGGGAAGUGUCUGGAACUGCUACGCCGUCCAGCAAAAGUAAAAUAGACACUACAAUCGUCUUGACUCAAACCACAUCAAAUCCAGGCUCGAAUGUCGCAACUCCAAUGAUGACUACCUUGUCAUCUCUUCAGUCAUCCGCUGCCACCAUCACGACAAGUACAAUCCCAACUACCACCCCUCCUCCGCAGAUAAACCUCGUUUAUGAAAGUUUCGAUUCCAUUUUGCAAGUGAAGAAAGACAUGAAUCUUUUUGCAACGGACGGGACCUUAAAAGAUGCUGGCAAAUAUGGCUCGUGGGUUCAUUCUUGCGGAUUCCAAUAUUUAUUUGCAAAAAAUCUGGUUAAUUGGACGCAAAAUUUCGUCAACUGCAGCAAGCUAGGGAUGGCGCCUCUGACUUUUAGUAAAAAGGAAACACUCCAAUGCUUCAAGAACAUGACCUCCGACUGGAAAUUCACUUCCAACUUUUGGACUUCGGCGACGCGCGUCAGUCCCUGGGAUUUCGUUUGGGGCAAGGAAAACGUCACGGUCGACUUGGCCAACGUUCCCUGGGCGUUCAACCAGCCAGACAUUCAGAACAAGAACCAAAAUUGUUUGCAAAUGAAUGUGGUCAAAGGCAAUUCGACGAUCCAAUUCUCUGACCGCGUGUGCAGCGAUUCCUUCUUUUUCUCGUGUCAAGGCGCACCAACUGUGGCACCGGAAUGCUCCGUCCCCGUCUGCCCGAACACAACUUGUGCAAAAAAUCCAGAAUAUUUCAAAAAUUCGUCCUCUGGUUCACAGUAUUUGGAUGCGGCUUAUAAGUUCGGUGCCUGGUUUACUACCGACGGACGAACUUACCUCUUCAGCAAAGUGGACGAUCUGCAGACGUUCCAAGGUGCUGAUGGCAAAUGUUGCGAGCUCGGGAUGUCCUUGCUGAGUCUUGAGUACAACUACAAAUACCAAGCUCUGGAGAGAGCAAUCAAAGCACGAAUAGCGUCUGAAGAUUUCUACUGGACCUCUGGCUCUGAUAAGGGUUGCGAGUCUAAAUUUGGUUUUUGCGCUGUGAAGCGUCUCCUCAGGGACAAUUCGAGUUGGUUGUCGGGACAACCGGACAACGCAGGUGGCAACGAGAGCGCCGUCGCUGUCUACGUGAACGAAACAAAUGUCUACCUCUUAGAUGAGAAUGAGGACAAGAAGUUGCGCUACAUCUGCGAGGUACGCAACAAUUCCAAUGCAAAGAGUGGAGGGACAGCAAUCAGGGAUGAGUGCGCGAUCAUUUACAACGUCAGCCAAAUUGAAAUUUAUUCUUUGUUCACAAACACAUACAAGUAUGAUUUACGUAUUAAGUGCUUUUUGAAGUGCAUCGGAGAAAACGCUGGUGUGUUGGUUGAUGGCCAAGUUGUGGACAGCGACAUAACAAAAACGCUGGAAGGAUUGGCCAACGGAAACUUGGCCGAGCUACAAAAAAACCUAUUAGUCGUUGACGGUUGCCAGAGCUCUGCCACUGGACUAGACGAAUGCGACAAGGCGGCGCAAAUGAUCCAGUGUUGCAAUGAAAAAGCGCCAAAUGCACUGAACGCUGUGAUAAACACCAUGGAUCAACAAAUGUCUUUUGAGAAAAUUGAAGCAGCUCCUCCUGCAUUUUGCCCGACGACAGUCUGCACAGUGAACACUACCGUGCAACAAUUCACGACUUGUAAAGAUGGUUGUGCAAAUGACUCUUUUGGCUAUGUUAUGGUUCUCAACCGUAUAAACUACUUCUUCCCAAUUACUAAAGUGACCUUUUCAAAUGCAUUUAUUGAAUGUUGCAAAGCUGGUAUGAAACUUGGAUCGCUAACUCAGUUGGAGGUUAACACGCUAGUGCUGAGUAGCGAGCUGUAUCCACUUCCGGAUUAUUCGUGGACAGCCGCGAGCAUGAUCAACAGCAGCGGAAAUCCACGAUGGUGCUCUUCAACAGCGCCUUUUUCCACCCUAGGAUUUGACAAUGUUUCAAUAUCAGAUGCUCCUCACGCAAUCGCAGUCUUUUUUCAGUGCGAUGUUAACGGCACUUGCGUAAAUGACAUCAAGAGCUUUGACCCGGCGACUCUUCUCCGACCCUUUUGCUUUCCCCUCUAGAUUUCGAGUUCAUUUUUACCAAGAUCAAUUAAUUGCUCGUAUGUGUACGUAAACGAACAAAUAAAAUAUC